AAAGACUGCUUUAGAGCGGAAGCAUAACCGAUGAAACGCAGCGUUUUGUGAUCGGUCGGAAAGCGGCUACCUUUGUUGCCUUACAGAAUCUGUUCUGUUUCUUUUACUCUCUCCUUACAAACCCACGAUACAGACAGGCCUGGAGGAGACAGACAGAACAAAAGACAAGAGAAUUGUCCAUGGACGACAAGGACAGCGGCGAAGCUGACGUUUACGCGGCUGCGGAGACAGAAAAGGGCGAGAAAGUGGAACCGGAGAAGGAGUUGUGUCACGGUGACGAUGAUGGAUUGAGUCAACUCAGAGGCGAAGAAUCACCGGUGCGAGAGACCCUAGCUAAGGAUCAUGACGAAGAUGUUCGAGAAAAUUCGUCUGUGGAACCAAAUCGUGAAGAUGUCAAGGAGAGGGAUAGCGGUAGCGGCAAGGAAAGUGUAGUAAGUGCAAUAGGGCCGGUUGAUGAAGUUGCAGUAGAAAACCGUGUGGUGGAACCAUCUGCUUGUAUGACUGUAUUGAUAAAUCCAUCAAUGGUGGAGGCAUCUCUAUCUUCGAAUCCUUCAGCUGCACAUGGUGUAUCAUUGGUUUCAGUUCCGUCUAAACAAGAGCAAAGAUCUGAUUCUCGGGUGGUUAGCAACUUGUCUGUUUCUCCUGUUCUGAGGACACCGGCUCAUGAUGGUUAUCAUUGGAGAAAAUAUGGGCAGAAGCAGGUUAAGAGUCCCAAGGGCUCACGGAGCUACUAUAGGUGUACGUAUUCUGAUUGUUGCGCAAAGAAAAUUGAAUGCUCCAACGAUUCAGGAAACGUGAUAGAGAUUGUUAACAAAGGUUCGCAUAGUCAUGAACCUCUCCGGAAGAAUAGCUUCUCGCCAAGAGAGACUAGAGCUGCAUCAGUUAUCCCGCCUAUGGAGGACAAUACAGUAGUCCCUACCGGUUCAGCUCUGUCCAUUUCAACUAAAGAAAACGUAUGCCAGUCGCUAGCAAUCGUUGAAGGGAAGAGAAAUUGUGAGAACGAAGCUGUGGAGGAACCAGAGCCAAAACGAAGACUGAAGAAGAGUAACUCACAAAGUUCAGAUUCUGUCUCUAAACCUGGAAAGAAAUAUAAAGUUGUAGUACACGCAGCUGGUGACGUCGGUAUCUCUGGUGAUGGAUACAGAUGGCGCAAAUACGGGCAGAAAAUGGUGAAGGGGAAUCCCAAUCCGAGGAACUACUACAGAUGUACUUCUGCUGGUUGUCCUGUCCGUAAACACAUCGAGACAUCAGGAGAGAACAAAACAGCUGUCGUAAUCACAUACAAAGGAGUACAUAACCACGACAUGCCUGUGCCGAAAAAACGACAUGGUCCUCCUAGCUCAGCGCUUGUAGCUGCAGCUGCUCCAACAUCGAUGAGAACCCGGUUAGAGGAUCAGGUGAACAUUCCCACCUCAGGGCAGUGCUCGGUGGGAGGAGAAAGUGAGAAGCAGAACAGUGAAGCAGUGGAUGUUGGUGGUGGCGAGAAAGUGAUGGAAUCAGCUCGGACUUUGUUGAGCAUUGGAUUCGAAAUAAAGCAAUGCUGAUGAUCCCUUGUAUGUAUGAGUUAGAGUUUGAUAGACUCAAGUUGUUGUCUUGUUCUUGUUAUAUAAUAAAACAAAACUCAUGAAGAUAUUACUUAUAUAGAGUUAUAGUAAUGGUUUGAAUGUUAAUCUUAUAUUUUCUUAUUUUGCAUCA